AAUUUUGGGACGAAGGAGUACUCAAUAAAAUUGAUUAUAUAUAUAUAGCCUUUUCACCUAGCUCAGAACUUCACCAAAUCUCCAUCUUUUCCAGCUCUCAAGAUCAAGCCUUCCUUCAGCCUUGAUUGAGUUGAUUCUAUUUACAAGAUUUACAGAUCGAAACCAUGACUUUUCGCCAUUCCUUUGAACCCGAACAAAAUCAGGUACUUGUGGAGAUGGAGGCUGGAAUGUUGAAAAUGACGUUGAAUCGACCCCGGCAUUUGAAUAGCCUCACUCAUCAAAUGGUAUCGCAGCUGAAAAAUACUCUACAAGAACAUGAGUUUGAUCCAAAACUGAAGCUUGUAUUGAUUAAGGGAAAUGGAAAAGCAUUUUGUGUUGGUGGCGAUGUUACCAGAUUAAUUCAAGUUAUUUUGGCUGGGAACUGGAGUUAUAGUGGCCUCUUCUACCGCAAACAACUCAUGUUGGAUUAUCUUGUGUCCAUUUACAACAAACCACUUGUCUUUUUCGUCAAUGGAGCUGUGAUGGGAGGGGGCGCUGGACUUUGCCUAAAUGGAACAUUUCGUGUUGUUACCGAAAAAACUGUGUUUGCCAUGCCAGAGGUCUCAAUAGGACUGUUUCCGGACGUUGGAGUUUCCUAUUUUCUGUCUAGGUUGCCUGGGCAUUUGGGUGAGUUUUUGGGGCUAACGGGUACUAAACUUGAUGGCGCGGAUAUGCUUUUUGUUGGACUUGCAUCUCAUUUUGUUCCAUCUAAGGAUCUUGAACAAUUAGAAUCUGAGCUACGCAUAGCCGCCUCAAAUGGGACGCAACUUAUUGCUGAGGUGAUCAACAAAUUUGCAAAAGUUCCGAAUUUAAAAACAAGCAGCCCUUGCAACAGAAUUGAAACAAUUAACAAUUGCUUUUCGAGGAACACAGUGGAACAAAUACUAUUCUCCCUUGAAAAUGAAGGUGCUAAUAAUGAAGACAAAUGGAUUGCCAAAGCAAUUGAUUCUAUCAAAUUGGCUUCACCCACAAGUUUGAAACUAACUCUAAAGAUUAUAAGAGAAUCACGAUCUAAAACUCUAAAGGAGUGUUUAGCCCGUGAUUAUUUGAUGGCAAUGCAUUUUGGAGUAGGGACGGUCAAUGACGACUUCUUGGAGGUACUAUUUUUUUUUUACUCUCUUGGAUAUAUAUGUGUGUUUAUGUGUUUCUCUUUUAUAUCUAUGUGCAAUAAAAAGUAAUUAUUCACCUUCUUCAACUGUUUAAUGUAGUAAUAAAUAACCUAUUUUGCUUUACAGUAAAGUUAUUUGUUUUUAACCUUGUUUUGUAGGGUGCAAGAGCAAAAUUCUUUCAGAGAGAUACGAAACCAAAGGUAUUUUUUUUAUAAAAAAAAAAACCUUGGAUUUGAUGGCAUAUAGAGCAGUUACUUAAAGUAUUAUUUUGUUAAUUUGUAUUACUCCUUCUGUCCGAAAUAAUCAAAUAAGGGUUGGUUUCUUGAAGAGAGAGAAUGUGAUUAAUUUAUCAAAACUGUCCUAUAUCCUCCAAUCUUAUGACUUCUUCAAUUUGCAUUCCUUCAAAACAGUGGAACCCAUCCAAACUGGAAGAGGUCACGGAUGAGAUGAUUGAACAAUUUUGUUCUCAAAUUUGUGAUGAAGAUUGGGUAGAAAUGAAGCUCCCAGAUGAGUGUGUUUCCAAGAGGAGGAGGAAUUCAAAGCUUUGAGUUACUUAUAUUGUAACUUUCAGAUCCCAAAGUCCAUGGCAAUCGUUUGUUCAAAUUAAGUAACCACAAACUAAUUACUUCUCCGCAAUGGAGUCCUUGAGAUUUUGGUUUAAACUAGUUUCCCGUAUUGAAUCAAUGUAGUUUCAUUGCACGAUCUUUUAUUUGUUUUGGGAUAUCUUCAUGUUUGAAUUUUAAAUAAAGGAGACUAUUUGUUGAACGAUAAAUGUCGACAUACCAAUAAAAUGUACGUAACACACUAGAUCAACUAGCAUGUAAAAGGCAGGGAUUAGGGAUUAGUACUGGGGCGAAAUAUAUAUUUGGGUCCCUUUUUUUCUUUGUUCAAAUGAAAAAACACAAUGUAAUAUUUACACUCCAAAAAUAAGAUGUUCAGCUAACUAAACAAUAUAGAACUUUCA